AUGGAGCGCGCUGUUGGUGCAAGCUUCAGGGAAGUGUCACAGCGAGUGGGCUCCUCGUCUGCGUCGGGCAGCAGCGAUGAAUUCACGCUGCGCCAAAUCACAACGAUUUCUUCUGCUUCAUCUUCAACGUUGCCGCUGGGCAAGGCGCUACUCAUCCUCAUCAAGGCAGAUCCAAAGUCGCUACGGUUUUGGAGCCCCUCCACACAUGCUGCCGCCGCUUCCGUGAGCCGAGCACUCGACAGCCUGACCGCUACACUCCACACUGGCGACGGUGCUGCGGCCAUGCGCUCCGUCAGCUCCGCGCUGCUUGAGCAGGUGGCGAACCUGAGCGAAAGCAGCCGAUGCCGAGUGUGGAGGAUCUUCCGCUGGCUCCUCACGUAUCACACUACGCAUUGCUGCGCUGUGCUGGCAGAGACGUUGGUUGGGGCCAACAAGCACCACAAGAUGUACAGCGUAGCGGCGCUCAAGUGGAUCACAGAACAGGUCACAAAUGAUCUAGCCAACGAGGGCCACGCCAGCCCGGAAGCCACACAAACAGCGCCAACCAAGCCGUCGCUCAUCCCACAAGGGCUGCUCAACAUCGGCGAUCGACUGAGCGCCAACAAGAAGGGCAAGGUGGAGGACGAGAGGCGCAUUGAGUGGCCUCGAUUGCUGCAACAGUUCCUGCCCAGCCUGUUUCGCGUGGUCAAGGAGGACAGCGUGAAGCAGGGCCAAGCGCGGCAGCCGACGCGAUUGACCGUCGGCGCGGCGGACCUGUGCCUGACCAUCAUCCACCUCAUGGCCCAGCAGGCCUUCGCCGCGAUUCAGCGGGAAUACCACCAACAGCAGAAGCAAUCGCGUGCUGACCGUUCCUCCUCAACACCAUCGUCGUCGGCAUCGUCAUCGUCACCAGUAGUCAGGGAGAUCGUCGCCACCACCGCCCAUCAGCGAGCACCCGCGAAGGCGCCGCAACCCGCCAAGGGGGGCGUGCUGAUUCAGGAUCUCGGCGGCGAAGAGGAAGAAGAUGAAGAAGAGGAAUUCAUGGAAGUCGAGGAGGAGAAGAAAGAAGCUCGGGGUCCCGUGGCGCAGCUCUGGAGCGAACUCGACCUCGUGGCCGAUCUUCUCGUCGAGCUGAAGGAGUGGUACAAGCUGCAUCGGCCGCUCUUUGUGUCGGGACUCGAUGCGCUGCAGAACUCGACCAACCUGCUCCAACAGUACCGCGACACGGCCACCUUGCACAAACAGGACGACUCCACGGCGCAGAAAGUGUUUGCCGUCUCGUGGAACAUCUACCCGUCGUACCUGCGCGAGGACAACCCGUUCGCCCGAGAGAAGCGCCUCGAUCCGUUCGUGCUGGGCGCCAAGUACGACCGGGAAGGGAACCUCAAGACGCUGGUCUGUCUCUCGCUGCUCCUUGGCCGCAUGUCCAAGGCCGAGAUCAAGGCGGCCAUGGCCAACGCCCACCUGGCCGACUUUGUCUACGGUGAGCUGCCCAAGCAACUGCGCGCGCCGGACGAGGCCAACCAAAUACUCGCCGUCCACAUCCUCAGGUCGGUGCUGGUGCUGGAGAUGGGCAGCGAGAAACUGGGCGGGAUCGCUUCGAGCCUGCUGCUUCUGCUGGAGGGCAAGGACGGCGUGUCUGCCGCCAUCAUCGGGUUCAUCGCUGAAUACGCCGCUUCCCACCCCGAGGGCAUUCUGGAGGACAUCUUUCGCCGGCUGGACUCGACGGACAAGACUCAGCGGGGCCACGCGCUCGCGAUCCUAGUGGAGGUGUUCAAGAUCGACGCCAAGCUCGCGCAGGGCGGCGGUCGGCGCAGCACUGAGCUCAGCAAGCGACUGGCCGACCACCUGCUGAAGCGACUCUACGACACCGAGCUCACCCUGCGACUCGAGGCCUCCGCGCUCUUUGCGAACCUCGAGCCGAGGGACAUCGUGCCGGCGCUGGUGCGGUUGGUGUACGACAAAGACGCGCGGGUGCGGUCGGCAGCGGAUCAGGCCCUGCUGGCCCUCAUGCAAGGCCAUCCCGACGUCACCGGCACCGUCAGCAUUCUGCUCGAUCACCUGUGCGAGCGGCACACCUCCGACGAAAAGAGGGAGUCGUCGGCCACCAAGCUUACGCCGGGAGUCAUCGGCACGCCCAAGGCGCUGCCCGCCGACACACUGCAACGCCGCGAGAAGCAGCGCGACGAGCUUGCCGAGCGUGUCCUCCGGCUCGUGCCCAAGUGGGCAGAAAAGUUGCCCGCACACGUGUGGCCGUCGCUCAUAUCGGUGCUGCUGAGCCACCUGUUCGCGCGGCCCGAGGAGCCCGUCAUCGUCAAGUUCCUCAGCAAGGUCGGCACACAGCUGGGUCAGCACCUCCUCGACUUCCUGCCGCUCGUCCUUCAACGCAUGGAAACCCAAGAGAGCUUGACGGAGGAGUUGUUGAGCUCGUCGGCCGACGACAGCGCGAAGCGGGUGAGGGACCUGCUGUUCGCGCGGCUGGCGCCCCUGCUCGCGCUCAAGGUGGUCCCCUUCCGCGCCUUCGGUCUGGCCGACGGCCCCGCCACGGACCAAAUCGAAGAAGAACAGCCCCUACGCACCGACGACGCGACCGUGCGCACACGGCCGCUGAUCGAAGAGAUCGACGAAGAGCAGGAGAAGGCGAUCGUCGAGCAACACCAACAGCGCGUGGAAGAAGAAGAAGAAGAAGAAAGAUGA